ACACAACCAUCACUUUCGGCAACCUGCUUACUAGCUCUUAACUUUUCUUCCAUUAUGCUAUUAGUCUAACAUUCUAUAUUGUGUUUGUUUUAUUCUUUUAAGUAACUCAUCUCUUUCAUUCAUUCUAGAAACUCUUAGAUAUUUACAUUUUCAAUAGCUUUAAAGUUUGGUUUCUUUAACCCUUAACUAAUAUGUAGCUUUGUCAGAUUGUAAAUAAAACAGAGGACCUGUUAAAUAUAUAUUUUUAUGACUUUAGUUACAUAGUUCUUCAAGUUUUUAGCUUAGGCAAUUGACUAAUGUUUUCUUGUACAUCUAUAAGUGUUAAUUAAGCAAAGUUUAAUUAUCUAGCUAGAUAGUAACAUAAUUGAGUCCUUCUGAAGAUAAAAUUUUGAACUAAUAUGAUGAGCUAUAAAAUAUCAAGUGUUCUGUUUCAUAUACACGUAUGAAAAUAAGAAGUAGAUGUCAUGUAAUACUCUUAAUUAAUUUAGGUUCCAGUUCUUGAAUAAUUUCUUUUAAUACAUUAGUAUUGUUAGGAUUUAAUUAUAAUUCUAGUUAGUUAAGAAAUAGUUGUUUUGAUGAGUUAAUAGGUGUCCUAGAUGAAGGUGAUUGCUCGAGUUAUUUUGGAAAGCUUCGAGGUAAGGGGAAUCGCUAAUAAUAAGUUUUGAUGAGCACAAGAAAUGUGUUACUUGUAUAUAUAUUAUUAGUUAUAACUAGGGGUGUUGUGUACUUUAUAUAGUAAUUUAUAUUCAUUAAGGUAUAUGCAAAAUGUUAAAUGAUGAGUGAUUGAUUUUAGUUUGAUUAUAUGUGUGAAUAAAUCUUCUGCAAUAUAUGAUUUGAAAAUGUUCAUGUGUUUGAGUGUUAUGGUGAAAAAUUGAGGUUAACUCUCAUAAGUUGUAUGGUGAGUUUUGAGGAUUAAUAAGUCAAGUUGAUAUCGACAAAGAAAAUUUAAGUUGAAAAGUUGAACAGUUAAUCACCUUUGAUAGGUGAAGAGAAAAACAGGGUGUUUCUUACAGUACUAUAAUGUAUGUAAGACUGAGGAUAGGUUCGGCUGGGUCGCCUCAAGACCUAAUGGGGAUCACCAGCGUUUUGAACUCCUACCAAUAGUCAGAGAUAGCCACUAUGACUGGAGGAAAUCAUACAACCCGACGUGGUGAAACCUGACUGUGCAGGACUAUCUAUAAUAAGGUGUAGCGCUCGGGCCAGAAUGGUUGAGACAUAUUUGAUAUAUGUUGAUUUGCAAACAACCAUGUUAUGGCAGUUGAAACGGCCUUACGCUCAUAAUAGAGGUCUCCAUGGAGUAGGUUGAAUAAAGAUAAUACUAACCAAGUUAGAAGAUAACUUUGAGUGAAAAUUAUGAUUGAAUUUUAUAUACAUUUUAAAUGAUUAAAUCUCGAUGUUUGAUAUAUUUGAUGAUUGAUAUAUUGGAUAUAUUCGAUUAUCUUUGUUUUUGACUAAUUGUUGAAUUGUGAUAUUGAUAUAAUGUUUUGUGCAAUUCAUAUUUUUGUGACUAUUUGACUAUACGUGACUAGUUGACUACUUGAUUCUAUUUGAUGUAAAUACAUGAUUAGAUACUCAGGUAUGUAUAUAUAAUAGUUAAAUAAAUGUAUAUACUUGUAUAAUAUUAUGUGUAGCCUUGUGACAUCAUCACGAUGGUAACUUGUGUACGAGUGAUUCACCCCUUACAACAGUUAGUGCAGGAUUCUAAGACCUCAAGUUGAAGUUCAUUGAGAAACGGAAAACGUGAUUGUGAGAGACAUUAAUUAUAAUACAAGGACCGUUAGUGUUGAUUAGUGAUCUAGUUUAUUUUUGGAGUCCGAAGAGAAAGAUCUCUUUGAUAUGUAUUGAUGACGUCAUUGGACUGGAUGACAGGCAUCUGUGGUGUUUGAUCAGCUCGUGAUUAUUUGUGGGUUAGAGUCUUUUGUAGGAAUUUAUCUUUUUAUCAUUUUAAAUUGAAAAAUUGUACGAUACUUUUAUAAACUGAAAAUGUUUUAUAUUUGAAAAUCCUUUGAUCAAAAUUACUAGAUGAUUGUUUGAUAUAAGUGAUGCAUAUAUUUAUGGGCUUACUUUAAAUUUAUAUAAAGAGAAUUUUGAAAACUUUCUUAAAUAAAAAUAAUAGUACUUAUAUUCGAGAACAUUUCUCACUUAUUACUUUUCCUUUACCAAAAAUAAACCAGCAUAAUUUUAUUUGCUUGUAUUUAAGCAUUUAAAUUUGGGUAGAGAACUGUGACGCUCUUCUUUUCAGUCUCUGAAAAGGGGGUGUUACAGACCACUUGUAAAGAUGGUCCACCGUACCAUUAGCCUAAAUAUAAGUUUUUUUUUAAAAAAUGAUGAUUUCUCCCUAAAGUUAAUUGCUCACUUUAUAUGAGCAUGCUCCGUCCGUGGAUGUGAAAGAGUUUAAUCAUGGACUUUAGUAAUUUAGCACAAUCCAAUGGUUUUCACUUUUCAGUUAUGGUCCAUUAUGAACCGCUUACAUGUUGUAGUUCACCCCACCACCCAAACAUACACAUUUUUUUUUUUUGUGAAAUAGUCUAGAAGUUAGGUCUCAUACAUUUUAAAUUUUUAGAAGUGAAUAAUUUGAAUUCAAUCUCUACAUAUCAACAUCCCUCCAUUUGCUACCAAUUGAAGGCUUUGGCUAAUAUGAACAAGGGUAUUAUGUCUUUUAUGAUGCACAAGUCAACAAUAUUAUUAUAACGAAUACGAAUUUUACAAAAUGUAUCGUUAGAUUGAAAGUUUGUAUUAUAUGGAUCAUCCAUAUCAAAUUUUAAAGAAAUUGAAAAUUAUAUGAUAUUUCAUUAAAAUCCAUUAAAAUUAACGAUAUUUAAUAAAAACUCAUAAAUCGUUAAUCUAUGUCAAAAGUGAAAUGACCGGGGUUCGAAUUCCGGUCCCUACCUAUAAAAUACAAUAUCUAUGUCAAAAGUGGAAAUAAUGUAGAAGUGAUGCAUUUUGUUUGUAGCAACAGAAAUGGAAGCAAAAGUACAUUGAGAGCCUUUAGUUUGGCGCUUUCUUCGCACAUAUCAAUACCACUCACUCUUUCAACUUUGUUUGAAUCAUUCUUCGUUCAUUCUUCACACUUUCUCUCUCUAUUAUUUCUCUCUCUAACAAAAACUAACUAACUGUUCCAACAAAUUCCACUCUCAUUCUCCUCUCCUAAAUUUCCACAAUGAAAUCCCAAUGCGUGUGAACACUCUUUCAUUUCAGAUCCAGAUUCAUGGGGAUUUGCUUCAGCAUUGAAGAAAAUCAAAAUCACCUUUCCCCCGCCGAUUCAAUCACAAAACCUAAAUCAGGAAAUGAUUCCGGUGCUGCUGCACGAACGACUACUACAUUAGGUACCGGUUCCAUGAAUAUCAAAGAACUUCGUGAAGGUGCUGGAUACAGCAACGUUACAAUUUUCACAUACGAUGAAUUGAGGCUUGCUACUAAGCAAUUUCGUCCUGAUUUCAUUCUAGGAGAAGGUGGAUUUGGAGUUGUGUAUAAAGGUGUCAUUGAUGAUAGUGUAAGAGCCGGUUAUAAAUCCACUGAAGUUGCUAUUAAGGAACUUAAUCGCGAAGGAUUUCAAGGCGAUAGGGAAUGGCUCGCUGAAGUUAACUAUCUGGGUCAAUUCAGUAACCCAAAUCUUGUAAAGCUCUUUGGAUAUUGCUGCGAGGAUGAACACCGGUUGUUGGUCUAUGAAUACAUGGCUAGUGGGAGCUUGGAGAAACAUCUUUUUCGCAGAACGGGCUCAACAUUGACUUGGUCGAAAAGAAUGAAGAUUGCUUUGCAUGCUGCAAGAGGGCUUGCUUUUCUUCAUGGGGCAGAAAGGCCCAUCAUAUAUCGUGACUUCAAGACAUCAAAUAUCUUGCUAGAUGCGGAUUUCAAUGCAAAACUUUCAGACUUUGGCCUUGCAAAGGAUGGGCCGAUGGGGGACCAAACACAUGUUUCAACUAGAGUAAUGGGCACAUAUGGAUAUGCUGCUCCGGAGUAUGUCAUGACUGGGCAUUUAACUGCUCGAAGUGAUGUGUAUGGUUUUGGGGUGGUGCUACUUGAAUUACUUAUUGGUAGGAGAGCACUAGACAAGAGUAGGCCCAGUCGAGAGCACAACUUGGUUGAGUGGGCACGGCCGCUGUUGAAUAAUAAUAAAAAACUUCUGAAAAUUUUAGACCCAAAAGUAGAAGGGCAAUAUUCAAGUAAAACUGCAACAAAGGUAGCCCUUUUAGCAUACCAAUGUCUUAGCCAAAACCCGAAAGGCAGACCUCUCAUGAGUCAGGUUGUUGAAAUCCUUGAAAACUUUCAGUCAAAUGAGGAAGGUCAAAACCUUCAAAGUGGUGGUAGCAGUAUAACCCUUUACGAGGUUCCAAAGGGCAGCAAUGAUACUCCGGCUAAGGGCUAACCAAAUUGCAAAAGACAGGGUCUAUAGGAGCCAAGCAAAACCGGAAAAAAGCAGAACGCAACCUUCAAAUGACUAUAAUUUAUGUUCUCCAGAUUCUGACACUCCUAGAUAAAUCGGCUUCUUCUAGAAGUUGAAGUUUUGUCUGUAUGGAUGGCAGUUAAAAUCUGUCCAAAAUGUUAACACAUUUGGAUCCCGAUGGUGUUUCCAGAUGUUUGUCUGCUUCGAGCAGAAUUUGGCAAAAGUAAUUACGUAGCUUAAGCAUUUCACUUCAAUUAUUAUUCUUUUCGAAUUUUGAAUAAUUAGGAUGUUGUUUAUUAAAUAUUUCGUAUAGUUUGU